AAUUUGAUAUCAGAUUCUUUGCCAAAAUAUAGCUUGAAUGUUGUGUUCGAAGUACCUAUAUUUCCAUAUAUUGAACCUAAAACCUAUUCGACAUAAGUUACCUCAAAGUAGGUGCCUCUUUUUUGAGGAAUAACACAAUCAAGAAUCUUAUUUGGAACAGUACAAUUAUAAAUUUCUUUAACGUUCUUUUCUAAAAUUCUCAUUUUCUUUAACAGGGGGCAGAGGCUACCCUGUUUUACAUAACUACUUGUCGAUUCCCCAUUGCCAACUUAUAAAUCAUAAAUUAAGCAGAGGUAAAAUAACUGUGAAUAGACUUUGGAGUGAAAAUGGCGACAACAGGGGUUGGUUUUCGGUGGUUAGAUUUAUUGGAAAAGGAAUUUGAUAAAGCAUGUGUUGGAUUAGAUACCUCUUUAGCGGAUCUGGAGACCGAGGAACCGGAGGUAGUGUUUUCCGCUCGCCAAAAAAUAGCAACAUUGAGUUCCUGUUUUGCUCAGCUCACUCAUAAAGCCUUGACCAUUUUUCAGCACAGUGCAAAACUUGAGGCCGAAUUGGUGGACAUGAGGGCAGAAUUGGUGCAGACGCGCGCGGCGUCAGCUGGUGGCUGCCAAGAGGGUGGAGACGUGGCGGGCAACGUCCCUGAGGCGGCGCGAGCUCGGGCGGAGGCUGCUCAGCUGGCGAGGGAAAAUGCCGCGCUACGAGAAACAGUUCUAGCGCUACAUUCGGAACUGUUCGGUGCUAGAUUAGCGACGAAGUAUUUGGAUAAGGAGUUGGCCGGUCGCAUACAACAACUGCAGUUGCUGGGCAGCGAUAUGCGAGCAGAACUGAGAGAUUCUCUCUGGGCACAGGUGGAAGCGGAGAUCUUGCUGCAGCGGCACAAGACGCUGGUGCGCGUGUGCCGCGGCACCUCCCCUCGCCCCCCGCGGCCCUCCGCCCCGCUCCGCGCCAGACCGCGCACCGUGCGCGUACGACGCUCGCCGCAUCUCGGCCUCGGCAUCUCGGUCACGGGCGGUCGCGAGCAUGGCGUGCCAAUCCUGAUAUCGGAGUUGGAAAUGGGCGGACCCGCCGCUCUGACGGGACAGUUGUACGUCGGGGAUGCCAUACUGGCCAUCAACGACGUCGAUCUUACACAGGCGUGCCACAAGGAAGCCGUUCAAGCGCUGCAGAGCGUGAAGGGCGACUGCGCACUUUGCGUGCAGUACAUCGCCACCGACGACGAGGACAGGCUCUCCGAAGACAACUACAGGUUCCCCUUGUAUCCGGAAGACGGUGAAGAAUACUGCGACGAGAGGGACGGCUCCGGAGUGACUCCCACGGCCCCGAGGACUCCGGAAUUUAACCACAGAUGUAACUCGGUGGAGAGAUCGCGCAGCGGCAGCGAAUCGCGCUUCGUGGUGUUCGGCCCCCCCACCGGCCCCGCCGGUCCCGAACACGCUGCAUACCCGGACUACAACAACAUCAACAACAAUCUCGACAUCCUCGACAUGGACGACGACUCCAUUAAGAUUGAAGCGAGGCUCGAGAUGGUGAAGCUGGAGGAGGUGGCGGCGCGACAGAGUCCGGCCCCUUCCGCCUCGCCCGGCUCCACGCCGGUGCACCUCGCCAGGACUUCGCUCAAGAAGAGGAAGGCCCUGGACUGGAGGACGAAAGGCGCGUACAGUGCGGUGUCCGUGGAGGGAGUGUCGUCCGACGAGCCGGGGGGCGAGGCGGACGCGGCUCGCGCCCGCGACUGGCGCUCGAGGGGCUCCUACGCCGCCCUAAAGCAGAGGCACCGCUCCGACGACGACGCCCUGGACAACCGGCCUCGAUCCGGUGAGACCUGCGACGACACGGCGCCCGUCGCCCGAGAAGCGACGAUGGCGCCGAGCGCCGCCACGGACUCCGCACCUGCCGCCUCGACCCUCAGUCCGGUGGUGUCGAAGACCGCUUCCACGUCUCUCGCCGUCGAUCGCCAGGCGGCCGGGGCUCCGGCGAUGACCGGUCUGGACGACAAAGGAAAGCUCAACGGCGACCAGAAGCCGAGAAAAGAAAUAAAAAAUUUCAGGAUAGGUUCGGCGCGUCGCGUGGAGGCUCACGGCCUGCUCGUGAACGGCGACGGAGACCCCGACUUCGGGACUCCCGUUUGAGGCACCCCUGGAGCCGCUUUACCGCUUCUCGUCCGCCGCUUGCCGCCGGACGGAGCUAAUUUGCAACCGACUGUUCUAGUAUUAAGUUUUGCGUAUGCUGUAUGCUCGUGACGUUUCGUCCAAUUCCGGAGAUAGUGCGGCAUCCUCACGUCGUUUUUACCUUUUUUUUUUUGUAUAGAAUUUCAGGUAGCUUAGCGUGUUCGUUUAUUCCGUGUACGAACUCACUAUGGCAAAAUAAAGAAGGCGACGAGGCCGGUGUUCGAUCUUAAAUUGAGCAAAAAUGCGGGCAAAAAGAUGUGAACGUGACGAGUGGUGAAUAUUUAAAGAAUUCGCCCACACCGUCGAAGGCGGCCUUGCCAAAACUCAAAACUGCCGAACCGCACUCCCGAUGCGAGAUGCUCUCGAAAACAUAAAACAGAGACGAAAUUAUAUCUGCCCGUGCCCCAUUAAGGUGGUGAGGGACCCGAGUCGUUUGUGUGAUCUCGGACACAAUUGUGAUUUAAAUUAUGGCACAAAUACGCUUAAAAACAUAAGGAAGGAAUUAAUUAAUAAUUGUUUGAAUUGGGUUUCAAACAGACGAUAACUGAAGAACUUUAGUCAUAUAACUAAAUAAAUAUCGUAGGUUACGUGUUGCCAAUUCAUAUGUCAAUAAAUUCUGAUGAGGAGAUGCCCCGCAGUAAAUGAGUUUGCGACAAACAGCUGUUUGGAGUUGAUCCAAAGUUAAUCUGACCUUAACAUUGUCGUGUGAUUUAAUUCGCUUUUACACAUUCCAAUGAAUGAAGACAAAAGUUUUGUCACUUAGCAAUGUUAUCUAUUAUUUAUUUUAUUUUUGUUCUAUUUAUUUAAAUUUUUUAUACACUAUUAAAUAUUAAAAAAACACAUAACAUUAAUAUACCGCAUAUAAAUUAACAGGCGUUUAUGUGUAUGAAUCAUAUUCAUAUAUUUAAGAAACUGUUAAAAAGGCAUUUAAGUUAAAAGAAAUCAUACAAAAAAGCUUCAGAUCUCAGAGUUGAAUCUCAAAAUAACUUUAAAUUUUGCCAUAUUUCAUAUAGUUGCGGCUUCUAUUAAUAAUUCUACAUGGUAUACAAUAAUAUUAUAAAUAUUCUAUCAAAAUAUUGCAUCAGCAAUAAGUAAUAUAAUAUAAUUAUUUAGAUACAAAACAAACAUGUGAAACAAAACUGUAUUAUCAACAUUUCCUAUUGUUUAUUUGUGACUGGGAUACAUAUAAACUACUUUCCUUGACGAUAUUGCUCAGCCACGUACCUCUAGGCCUAAAUAAGACUGCAACAUUCCAUAAAUUUCCCAGACAUUGUAUAAGUUUUGCUGUAAUUUGUAAUGACAUGUACCAUGUAGUAUAUAGCCUUACCAGUAACGGGACAUAAAAGUGUAUGUAUUAUUAAUUUAUGUUAAAUUGAAUAAAUUUUGUAAAAAUAUAAUUUGUUUUUAUAUUUACUCCAAAGAUUCAUUCUUAAUGAGAACGUAGUAACUAGAAAUAUUAGCCGAUAAUAGAACGUAGUCUAUGAUAAUGGUUUUCAUGAUAAAUGAGUUCAAAAACAGUAUUCAUAUUGUGAAUAUCUAGUUAAAGUGAAAAAACUUUA